UUUUUUGAGUAGCAAGUGAAGUCUGAUGGCAUUAUUUGAAGCAAAAUCCAGUGCAUUAGUUACUUUACAAGAUUUGCGCCCAUCGUCUCCUUUUUUCAAGCAAGGAAAAUCACUCAGAAUAAUUGGAACGACCAAUUCUGCUAAAAUCGGGAAUAAACAAAGAUAAUUGAGAAUUAUAAAUAUAAGUUCAAAUAGAAGGUAAUAGCCUCUUAAAAUCCUACAAAGUAUGAGUCUAUCAUACUUCUAGUAAUAAGGGUUAUGUGGAUAUGGAGGGAUUAUCAAUGGCAUCUUAGCUGUGUGACCGGGUGAGAAUGGCAGAAAUUGCCAUUUGGUUAUGUUAUGGAUGUAUAGAGGGAACAAAUAUUGACAUUUAUGGCAUGAUGAUGGCAGUUUGAAUGCAGUUUAGGGUCAGUCAUCAUGCAGAUAGGAGAGAAGUGGGCAUACUUUGUAUAUCUCAGGUCUAUAAAGCCCUUAAUCUUAGAGGUUCCAAACUUACUAAAGAAUUGGAGAGAAGUUUCAGUGUUACAGGAAUACUCUUUAGAGACAGGCCUAGCAACAGUUAUUGAUGGUAGUGACAUUCUAAGAGUUAGUAUUGAGCAGCUGAAGGACCUUAAGUUUCAAGUUGGCUCUGUCUAUCAAUUCAUUGGUGAACUCCUUAUCCAAUCUGAUAAUAAGGCAAUUUUGCAGGCACGUGUUGGUAGAAAUGUUGACGGGAUUGAUCUCAAUCUUUAUCAUCAGUCGUUGCUGCUUUUGAGACAGUUUCAAGCCAAUCAUUUGAAUAACUCAGCAACUUAACUUUGCAAGGUUAUUUUGUACACAACAAGGCAUCAUAUUUUUCUCAUAAUAUUAAAUGAUGGAAGGUUGCUCCAUUAAUGUUUUCAUAGAGACACCGAAAGCAUAAGCUUCUUUAGACAACGGCGUGAUGUUGCAAUGUACAGUAUUUCUCAUGUAAACAGAAUCUUUACAAGUUACAAACUUCAUGGUGACAUUUCAUUUCUUUAUAUUCUUUCUUUUGGCUGCAAAUAGGACAUGAUGACAUCAAAUUAAGGGUGUGGCUGUUUUAGGUGAGUUGGAUUAAGCUGUGCAUGCUUCACGGGGUCAUUUAAUUUUUCAUGUGAGGCUAUAUGACAAACUUAAGGUCACUCUGAUUUUGAAUUUUAAUAUGCUUUAGAAUUAGCAGUCUCUUUCUGUAUGGUGGUGCAUCAACAUUAUUUCAACAUCUUUAUAGCAUUUGGAUGCUAAGAUGUCCACAUAACAUA